GGGCAAGAUGGCGGUCUGGCUUCAGCCGCUGCCCCGGGUCUGCUCGGGGGUUUUGGGCUAAGACGGCUCCAGCUGCGGCCCCGACUCCGAGUACCGGGGCCUCGAGCGGAUAAAGGUCUACGGCCUGCGGUAGCGAGUGGGGACAGGGUCAUCUGUUCUCCGGGUGGUGGGGCCGGGGACUUUGAGGGAGGUGGCUCUGGGGCCGAGUCCCUUCUGGACAGGUCGGAGGGGCAGGUGCUGGGGGCUGGUUUUCGUGCUCCAGGGUGUCUCUCCGUGGCCCUUUCCACUUCUUCUCACCCUUGGGGCGAUAAGCCUUUACAAACGGACUAAUGCUGGGCGCAAAGGAUUUGUUAUUGUGGUUGUUGAUGCCGAGGAGAGACGCCGGGCCUCGGGAGUCACCCAAACUGGAGUUCUAAUCCUAUUCGCUCGCUGUGUGACCUUGGAAACAAGCUACUCGAAAGUGAGAAGCCAUCUUCAGCUGUGAGUCCUGCACAAGAUCACUAAUGGUUACCUGGCAUUUGUGCAACACAGGCAGGUUCUCAGGGUUUGUGCAAGUUUGCAAACAUGUUCACCGUAUCUCAGACAUCGAGAGCGUGGUUCAUUGAUAGAGCCCGGCAGGCACGAGAAGAAAGGCUUGUGCAGAAGGAGCGGGAGCGGGCAGCUCUCGAGAUUCAGGCCCAUGUCCGGAGUUUUCUUUGUCGGAGGCGACUGCAGAGAGACAUCAGGAGAGAGAUUGAUGAGUUUUUUAAAGCAGACGAUUCUGGGUCCAGUAAAAGAAGUGCACUUUGUAUUUUUAAGGUCGCCAGGAAACUGCUGUUUUUAUUCAAAAUCAAAGAGGAUAAUGAGAGAUUGGAAAAGUUGUGCCGUAGCAUCCUGAGCAGCAUGGAUGCUGAGAACGAACCUAAGGUGUGGUACGUGUCCCUGGCUCUUUCUAAGGAUCUCACCUUCCUGUGGAUCAAACAGAUCAAGGCCAUUCUGUGGUAUUGCUGUGAGUUUCUUGAGCAGCUCAAGCCUGAAAUCCUACAAGACUCUCGACUCAUCACGCUGUGCCUCACGAUGCUUGUCACCUUCACAGACACUUCAACAUGGAAAAUUCUCCGGGGGAAAGGUGAGAGUCUUCGACCAGCCAUGAACCACAUUUGUGCAAACAUCAUGGGACAUCUCAACCAGCGUGGAUUUUACUCUGUGAUGCAGGUGUUGUUGACCCGUGGCCUGGCGAGACCUCGUCCUUGUCUGUCCAAAGGCACUUUAACGGCAGCAUUUUCUCUGGCAUUGCGCCCUGUGAUUGCUGCACAAUUUUCAGACAAUCUGCUCCGGCCGUUCCUCCUCCACGUCAUGUCUGUUCCUGCCCUUGUGACUCAUCUCAGCACAGUGACCCCCGAGCGCCUCACUAUUUUAGAAUCUCACGAUAUGCUUCGUAAAUUCAUCGUAUUUUUAAGAGACCAGGAUCGCUGCCGUGACAUAUGUGAAAGUUUAGAAGGAUGCCACACACUUUGUCUGAUGGGCAACCUCCUACACUUGGGCUCCCUCAGCCCCAGAGUGUUGGAGGAGGAGAUGGAUGGGUUUGUGAGUUUGCUCACCCAGAUGCUGUGCUACUGUCAAAAGUAUGUGUCCCAGAAGAAGUCCAACCUGACCCACUGGCACCCUGUCCUCGGCUGGUUCUCCCAAUCUGUGGAUUAUGGCCUCAACGAGUCGAUGCACUUGAUCACCAGACAGCUGCAGUUUCUGUGGGGGGUGCCCCUCAUCCGGAUCUUCUUCAGCGACAUCCUGAGCAAGAAGCUCCUGGAGAACCAGGAGCCAGCAGCCCCCGUGCCCCCACCGUCCCCGCAGAAUGUGCUUCCAGUGAAGAAUCUCCUAAAACGUGCGUUUCAAAAGUCUACAUCAGUCCGGAAUAUUCUCAGGCCUGUCGGGGGUAAACGCGUUGACUCUGCAGAAGUCCAGAAGGUCUGCAACAUCUGUGUCCUCUACCAGACCUCACUGACAACGCUGACCCAGAUCCGGCUGCAGAUACUCACAGGUCUCACUUACCUUGAUGACCUGCUGCCCAAACUGUGGGCGUUUAUCUGUGAGCUGGGGCCCCACGGAGGCUUGAGGCUCUUCCUGGAAUGCCUGAACAACGACACCGAGGAGUCCAAGCAGCUCUUGGCCAUGCUGAUGCUGUUCUGUGACUGUUCCCGGCACCUCAUCACGAUCCUUGAUGACAUUGAGGUUUACGAAGAACAAAUUUCAUUCAAACUGGAAGAGCUGGUCACCAUCUCCUCUUUUCUGAACUCCUUCGUGUUUAAGAUGAUCUGGGAUGGAAUCGUAGAGACUGCCAAGGGCGAGACCUUGGAGCUCUUCCAGUCUGUGCACGGGUGGCUGAUGGUGCUCUACGAGCGGGACUGCCGGCGACGCUUCGCCCCCGAGGACCACUGGCUGCGAAAGGAUCUCAAACCCAGCGUGCUCUUCCAGGAACUGGACAAGGACCGGAAACGGGCGCAGUUGAUCCUGCAGUAUAUCCCUCAUGUCAUUCCGCACAAAAAUAGAGUUCUCCUGUUCCGAAACAUGGUUACCAAGGAGAAAGAGAAACUGGGUCUCGUGGAAACCAGCUCGGCCUCCCCUCAUGUCACUCAUAUCACUAUCCGCCGGUCCCGGAUGCUGGAGGACGGCUACGAGCAGCUCCGGCAGCUGUCCCAGCACGCCAUGAAGGGCGUGAUCCGUGUGAAGUUUGUCAACGACCUCGGGGUGGACGAGGCCGGGAUCGAUCAGGACGGCGUUUUCAAGGAGUUCUUGGAAGAGAUCAUCAAGCGGGUGUUCGACCCGGCGCUCAAUCUCUUCACGACGACCAGCGGGGAUGAGAGGCUGUACCCCUCACCCACAUCCUACAUCCACGAGAAUUACCUGCAGCUCUUCGAGUUCGUGGGGAAGAUGCUGGGGAAGGCUGUGUAUGAGGGAAUCGUGGUGGACGUGCCCUUCGCAUCCUUCUUCCUGAGCCAGCUGCUUGGGCACCACCAUAGCAUCUUCUACAGCUCUGUGGACGAACUUCCUUCUCUGGACUCGGAGUUCUACAAAAACCUCACUUCCAUCAAGCGCUACGAUGGGGACAUUGCCGACUUGGGCCUGACUCUGUCUUACGAUGAGGACGUCAUGGGCCAGCUUGUUUGCCAUGAACUGAUUCCUGGAGGGAAGACCAUUCCUGUUACAAAUGAAAAUAAAAUUAGCUACAUCCAUCUGAUGGCGCAUUUCCGCAUGCACACUCAAAUCAAAAACCAGACAGCUGCCCUCAUUAGUGGAUUCCGUUCCAUCAUCAAACCCGAGUGGAUCCGAAUGUUCUCAACCCCUGAGCUACAGCGUCUCAUCUCUGGCGACAAUGCUGAGAUGGAUCUGGAAGAUUUAAAGAGGCACACGGUGUACUACGGCGGUUUUCAUGGAAGCCACAGAGUCAUCAUCUGGCUCUGGGAUAUUCUGGCCUCCGACUUCACGCCCGAGGAAAGAGCCAUGUUUCUGAAGUUUGUGACCAGCUGCUCCAGGCCCCCGCUCCUGGGAUUCGCCUACCUCAAGCCUCCCUUCUCCAUCCGCUGUGUCGAAGUGUCGGAUGAUCAGGACACCGGGGACACCCUGGGCAGCGUCCUCCGGGGCUUCUUCACCAUCCGCAAGCGGGAGCCGGGCGGCCGUCUGCCCACCUCCUCCACCUGCUUCAACCUGCUCAAGCUGCCCAACUACAGCAAGAAGAGCGUGCUCCGGGAGAAGCUGCGCUACGCCAUCAGCAUGAACACGGGCUUCGAGCUCUCCUAGCCCCGCCCCGGCCCACCCCUCCAGGGCUCCUGGGCACCAGGGACCUUCAGCUCCUGGAGGUGGCAUGCCCCUGGGAACGUGACCACCUUGCCGGGUGACAUCGACCCCCAGACCCUCUCUAUAGCCAUGAGACCCCCCUGUGGCCUCAAGAACUUUAGACAACACGACAUAGCAUUCUCCAGGUGACGCUUACGGAAGGGAAUGUGGAAAAUAAACCUCCAGAUUCCGCC